AUGGCGGGCCCGGGCAGCGACGGGGACCUGCGGCGCCUGCUGAAGCUGCACCGCACCGAGAUCGCCAUGGCAGUGGACGAUGUCUUCCCACUGCUGCAUGGCCUGGCUGACCACGAUGUCGUCCCUGACCACAUCUUCAAGGAGACGCUGAGCCGGGCGGAGCGGGAGGGCUCCCACCGCGCUUUUCACGCGCUGCUCACCUGGCUGCUGGGCCGCGACACCGCCGCCCUCCGAGACUUCUGGGCCGUCCUCUUCAAGGACUACAACCUGGAGCGGUACUCCCGGCUCCGGCCUCUCCGCGGCGCCUUCCCCAGAGAGGUGGAGCUGGGGCGGCAGCGCCGUGGAAGGCGUCUCUCCCCGAGCCCCACAGCGCCGGCCCCACACAGACCCCAAGGCAAGAGGAAAGCCCCUGAGGAGCGGGACAAGGCCCGGGCGGCACAGCCCGCUCCACGGCACAGUGCCAGUCCUGGUAUGGAGACCCCUGUAGGGCCCCUGGUGAAGGCAAAGACUGUGAAGAAGCCGGAGGGCACAGAUACCCCCCGCACCUCUCGUGCCAGCGCUCUCCAGGCAGUGGCUGCCUCGGUGCAGAGAGCGGUGGCUGUGGCAGGUGGUGAGGUGCCCGUCAGCCGUGGGGCCAUCGAGGGCAUCCUCAUUAAACACGUGCUGGACCCAAACAGCUCCAAGACGGGCAGCAGAGCUGACAAGCCAUAUACCCCAACUGCCUGUGAGGAGCCAGAGACCAGGAGCAGAAGCCACAGCCUAAAGCCCCCUGCCCAGCCCAAGGCAUGCCCAAGUGAGAACGAGGAUGAGUGUGCAGCAUGCGGCGAUGGUGGUGAGCUCAUCUGCUGUGACGGCUGCCCCAGGGCCUUUCACCUUGCCUGCCUGGUGCCCCCACUGCCCCACGUCCCCAGCGGGACGUGGCGAUGUGGCUCCUGUGUGGAGAACGUGACUGAACCAGGCCAGCUGCUGGAGGCAGACUUGCCUGUGGAGAGACCCCCCGAGAUCCUGGGGGAGGCAGUGCGGGAAACCCAGCAGGGUGGAGUGGAGGGGAGCGUCUGCAGCCGCUGCUGUGCCCGGAUCCCCACUCCCCACCACUGUCCUGCUCCCACUGGGGACUCCAGGGGGCUACAGCUGUGCAUGUCCUGCACGGGCACCCUGGACACAGGAGGUCUGGGCACCACUGCAGCAGCUGGAGACCACCUGCUUCCAGCAGCCAAGGCAGAGGAUGGAGCCCUUGGCAGUGACCCUGUGCUGAGCCGGGAGGAGCUUGAUGCGCUGCUAGGUGAGAGCACGUGGGAUGGGAUCUUGCAGUGGGCAUUCCAGACCAUGGCACGGCCACUGGCAGAAACACAGGGACUCCUUGCCUAGUGCACAAACCAAGCAGCAGAAUCGACAUGGCAAGCAAUGAAAAGGAAGCCUCGGAGACACACUUAAAACAAGAGGAAGAAAGGCAUAAUGACAGCACAAAGAAGUCACAGAAUAAAACACUGAUUGUCAACAGGAAAACCCAAAAUGCCACACAGAGAAGAAAAUGGCAGGACACAUCCACUGACACGGAACACAGAAAAAGCGCACUGAAAAUGUACAUAAACAACAUCCCAGAAAAAUAUAAUAAGGUGAAUUGAAAAUAAUAUAUUAACCAAAGACUCAGGAAAAAAUAUUUCUUCUUAAAAAAAGGAAAAGAAGAAAAAGAUACAAACCUAAGCAAAUGGAUAAGAAAAAGAGAAGUGGAGACAAAUAAAUGAAAUAUCACUAUA